CUUAUUACUUCAUUCACCGGUCAUGUUCAAUAUUCUAUUGUAUAAAGGUUUCCUAAAUGAAUUCAGCUUGUGCUUCCUUUCUUCGACGGUUGUGGUGUAGGAAAAAAUGGUUUAGUUUGCAGAUUUCAUCAGAGAUAGUGAGGACAUCUUUUUAAGGUAACACCAAUUACAUCCCACAACCUUCUGAGACUCUUGAUAGCUCUUUUAAUACAAUAUUAAUCAAUGGCAGAAGCAUACUAGCGGUGUCAGUCUCUGUGUGUGCAGAGAUUCUGUAACUGUUUUGGAAAAACUGGAAAAGCCGAAAAUGACACAGAGGAAUGACAUGCCGUGUCAUUGUUGUGAAGGCUGGAAUGGUGACUGAUCUUCAUUCAGACAGAGAAGCCCCAAGUUCUACUCUAGUCGCUCUGUGGCUCGCUGGUACAAAGAAAACUCUCAAAAACAGCCAAAUUCUAUUCUGUACUGGAGUAUGACGGAGGACUGUGAGCAGCUGUUGGCCUCCCGGCCAGAGGAGAGGAGGCUAAACGGUCGCUGCAGACGGAGCGCUCCCACUCACACCCUGCAGUCCAAGGUGGUGGAGGACUUCAGACGGAGGCUCAAAUACUUCUUCAUGAACCCCUGUGAGAAAUACAGAGCCAGGGGUCGCAAACCAUGGAAACUGAUGAUACAAAUAUUAAAAAUUGCAAUGAUCACAGUCCAGUUGGUCUCUUUCGGCCUGAGCAACGAAAUGAUGGUCACCUUCAAAGACGAAAAUCUGAUGACAUUCAGACAUCUGUUUCUAAAAGAAUACAAGGAUCACCGGCUGGGAAACUACGCACUGUACACGAAAGCAGAUGUGUAUGAUCACAUCUACUACAUUAUCAACAGGUACAUUAAUCUGCAAAACAUGACUGUAGGUAAUCUGGCAUACGGCAGUGCUGAUGGCAAGUACACUCCUCUGUCUGUAUGUCAAGAGUUUUACAGAAACAGCAGCAUCGAUCCUGGAAAUGAGACCUUUGAUAUUGAUCCACAUGUUGAUAAAGAAUGUAUUUCCAUAUAUCCUGUGCAGUCGUUCGACAACCAUAGCAGUUUGGCCACACAUGUGAACUUCUCGUUAAAUUUCAAAAGGCUGCUAUCGGUGAACAUCUACCUUGCUCUGAAAACAAUCAACCUGCAGACUGUGCGGCACCACGAGCUACCAGACUGUUAUGAAUUCCAUAUAAUGAUCAGUUUUGACAAUCGUGCACACAGCGGAAAGAUAAAGGUUGAGGUCAAACAUAAUGCAAAAAUUUAUGAAUGCAGAGACUGGAAUGUGGAAGGCACAUCUGGUCAGAACGACUACCUCCUCCUGUCAUUAGAUUCGGUGGUCAUCCUCGCCUGCUUCAUCUCGCUCAUCCUCUGCACUCGAUCUGUCAUCAAUGGCAUCCAAUUGCAGUUGGAGUUCAACAUAUUCUUCCAUGCCUACUACAAUAAAAUUGUGUCUUGGUCAGACCGCAUGGAGUUUGUGAAUGGCUGGUACAUCCUCAUCAUUGUGAGUGACAUAUUGACCAUCACUGGGUCAGCACUCAAAAUUGGAAUACAAACAAAGUACCUGACAAACUAUGACGUCUGCAGUAUCCUGCUGGGUACCGCCACAAUGCUCGUCUGGGUCGGCGUGAUUCGUUACCUUGGUUUCUUCAAGAAAUACAAUAUAUUAAUCUUAACCCUAAGGGCAGCGUUCCCAAAUGUGAUCCGAUUCUGCUGUUGUGCAGCCAUGAUCUACCUCGGGUACUGUUUCUGUGGCUGGAUUGUCCUUGGGCCUUACCAUGAGAAAUUUCGAACACUCGACAAGGUGACAGAGUGCCUCUUCUCUCUCAUCAACGGGGACGACAUGUACGCCACGUUCCUGAAGGUGAGACAAGAGGGCUACAUGGUGUGGCUGUUCAGCCGAAUUUACCUCUACUCCUUCAUCUCCCUCUUCAUCUACAUGGUGCUCAGCCUCUUCAUCGCUGUCAUCACUGACACCUAUGAGACCAUCAAGCAUAACCAGCGAGACAAGAUGCCAGUGUCCCAGCUUCAGGCUUUCAUAGCAGAGUGCAGGGACCAGCCUGAGUCUGGCAGAUACCAGACUGAUGAAGAGCCAGCUGCCUGCUGUCUCUCUCCAUGCUGCUGUCUUGGAUGACGUGAGAAGAGGACGGCCUUUAUCUUUUUGUGGACAAAGAGUUUGAGUAUCGAGACUGAAUAAGAACGCGAAGGGUCCUGACUGCGUGCAUGGAGAAUUUGAUCAUACUGAUGCCUGAUGUAAAUGCUAGAACAUCUUCUUAUUUAAGUAGAAUUACUUCAACUUGUUUCUUUGUACUUGAAUUGCUGAACACUACUGAAGUAAGUGCUCAGAGGACCAGUGAGUUGUAUGGUCGCCAGUGUAACAACCUGAUAUAGUAGUAGUAGUAAUACAAUAUGAAUAUACACUUACAGCCAAUACCUCCUCAGUUCAGUGAUGCUUUCAAACGUGAUAUUCAGCUCAACUUUUCGUUACAAAACAGAUUUCUCAGAGAUGACCUGAAUAGGAAUUUCCUUCUGACUGCACAAUAACAGCAUAACAUAGGCUAUGUGUCUUUUUUACAAGCACUUAAACAUACUACUCAAUUAGAAGUGAAAGUAGAUUUACUGAUUUUCAUAUCCAGCUUCCCCUUAAUGUACUAGCCUAUAUAAAGAAAUUAAUGUAUGAAUUAAUUAAGCAUUGCAAAGUUCAGUGUAAUUGUUUGUAUGUGAUCCUUUGCAGUAUCUUGUACUGUGCCCUUUUCACUUAAAAUGUAGCUAUGUGUAACUAAACUGAUAUAGGUCUGUUUGUCUUAAUGGUUUUACUAGCUAUUUAUGUACUGGUUCUGCUGCUCUGGCCAAAAUAUUUUUCGUUUUUUACCGAUUUAGUUCAUUCUGAAUCAUUCUAUUAUGCAAUUUGUCUUUAGCUCAACGUUCAUAAUUUCGAUGACAACGAUUAAAACAAUUUAAAAAUGUA